AUGUUAACUCCCACUAUCAUUGAUUCUUCAUCUCUGUCGGGUCAUAUCCUUUGGAGUCCACCAGAAGCUUCGAAUAGCAUCAGAACUUCUCUUCAUAAAAAAAACCAAAAUCAUCAUCACGUAAUAUCCAGGCAUCAACGAAUUUUUCUUCAAAGGAUUCAUGGGAAUGGCCUCUCACCUCUCAUUAAUAUCGAUAAGAUUCGAUACGCGAAGCAAUUAAAAAAUCAACACCGCAAUGAUUCACCAACUUCUUUACCCGAUUCAAACAUUAGUUCGAGGCAGAUUGACGUGUCAAACAAAUAUGAAAGCUUGCCUUCUUACGAAGACUCUCCAGAUGCAGAGGAUAGAAUAACUUGUCACUCAAACCAUAUAUGUCAAAAUCAAAAUACUAUCAAUUCGGUGAAUUUAAAAAAUAGCAAAAAACUUCUACAGAAAGGUGAAUCAUCAGCAAAAUUGAAUAAUAGAGAUAUUAUUGUUUCAAAAUCACAGACUCGACCGGUAAUAAAUAACACUCAUCCGUUUAAUCAUCAUCAUCGAAAGAAUGACUUGUGUAGCAUUGGCUCUUAUCUGACGUUAUUAUUGAAUCAAAAGCCGAGUAGUUCUUUGUUUCAUGGCGAACAGAAUGAAAACAAAGUGGAUAAUUUUACUAAUGCUUUUGGAAGCCUGAUGUCUGUGCAAAGUCCUCCUGGUGAUAAAAGAAGACGUAUGAUAUUAGUUAAUCCACCUUCGAUCAGUACUACGCUGGGAAAUAUCAAUAUCAGUAACACGGGUCGCAACAGCUGUAACAAGAACAAAAACAACGUCGGGCCUUUAAAUAAUAUAUAUUCGUUGUACGAUAUGGUUUGUCCAACGCCAUGCGUAUCGAGAAAUUUUGAUCUUUAUUUUUCCGACUGUGAUGAAGACAACAAAAGAGAGGAGAAGAAACUCCCGGGAGAAGGAUUCGACCAAGAACAUGAAUACUAUGAAAUUUUUUAUGAUUAUUUCGAGGAAUCAGCAUUACCCUCUUCAGCAAUGUCGACUUUAGAAUUCUCGAUUAGAUCGCAAAAAGUUACGUCCCCUAUUUCUCCACUCAAGCUAUGA